GGGCUGGAAGUGCCGGGAAGGGCGCUCUCCCGCGUGGCGCCGCUCUUGGCGUGGGGUUUGGAGCUUUGGGGCCUCCCUGUUUCCCUUCCUUCGCUCCUUUCCCUCUCUCCCUCCCUCCUGUACUUCUUCCCCCCCUCCUUGGCAGCGGCGGUCCGGGUGGGAGCGUGUCCCUCUUCCCAAACCCCGCCGUGUGCCUCCUGUUCCCCAGGCGCGCCUCGGGCACUGCGUGCUGGCUGUUCCCGAUGUCUCUGUGUGUGUGUGUGUGUGUGUGUCAUCUGUCCCAGCCCAUGCGCGCAGUCCUGUCCCGGGAAAGAUGGGGGAAGCUUGAAAUGGUCCAGAUCAGAUUUUGUUUCGCUGGUUUUUGUUUUGCGUCAUCUUCUGGUGACGUUAAUGUUUCCCGAGGGAAGCCCGCAGAGAACAAUUGUUUCUUUCCGUGCUGUAGUCUUGCUCUCGAGUUGAAAAUAGGAUCAUUAGCCUGGAAAUUCAAAGGUUGAAUAUAACUCAAGGCGAGGCACAAAUCAAAGCUGGAAUGUGCCCAACCCUCAUAUAGGCGGAACAAAAAUGUAAAUAAUUUUGUGAAGCUAAAAACAACAGUUUGCCAUAUUUCUGCAAUUUUCCUAGAGUUUUUUUAUCACCUAAAGACAGAAUAUGGAGCGUGAAAAUGAAAUAAAGAAGCAAGUAAACCCCUUUUACUGCAAUAUUUGCAAAAUCUGGUGUUCUUCUGCAUUGAACUUGCAGACUCACUUCCUUGGAGCAAAACACAAGUCGAUUGAAGAAGCAUUGAAAGCUCAUGGUAUGGUUGAAACAGAAAGUUGCUUAGGGAAGAAAGUGAAAACACCUGCAAAACUUCCUGAGUUUGUUAAAACAGAAAGUUGCGUAGGGAAGAAAGUGAAAACACCUGCGAAGCUUCCUGAUUUUGCGCCACUUGAGUCAGAGAAGUUUUAUGGAGCAGAGAAGUUCAAUGGACAGACAUUGGAAGACAAGCUUAAUACAUGUAAAGAUUCAGAACCUGCACUUGGACUUAAUUACAUAAUCGAAUACCGAACAAAAGACAAUGUUCCUUUUCUCUAUGAAUGUCAAUUAUGCUACUGUAAAACAGGAUUGAGUAGCAUGUUCAUGCAUGUUUGUGGUUCCAAGCAUAGACUGGCAUACUUGAGACAACAUUAUCCAGAGAUAGCACAAUCUGAUGAAGUUAAGGGUAAAGGCUCUGAACUGAACAAAAAAAUUAGGCAAGUUGGAUUAACAAUUGAGAAGAAAGAAGGAAGAAAACAAAUACAGGUUGUUACAGGUGUUCCAACAAUGAAAAGGAAAUGGCCAGAAUUUCUCAGUGCAGAGGACAGCCUUUCGAAAGUGAAAGUUCAGCACGUGGAUGUGCCCUGUAGCAAUGCAGAACAAACAGAUAACAAAGAUGGGAAACUGACAGACCCUACCCAAGAUGAAAAUAAUGUUCAGGAGGAGAAUGAAGAAAAGCAGAAAGAACAGGCAAAUCCAGAUGAAAUGGUUGAACCUAAUAAUGCUAUUGAAAGCAGCAAAGGCAGCAACUCAGAAAGGUGUGAGACCAAUAAACAAUCAGAGGAAGAAAAUAAGGAAGCUCAGCAAGAAUUUACAGCAAAUCCUGAAGAAUUCACUAGUCAAGAAGAACUGUUGGGUUAUUUGCAAAGUUUUGAAAUACUGAAUGAAGAUGAUGCUACAUUUAUCCUGAAAGUUACACAGAUUCUCACAAAUGCACUGGUGGAAUAUCGUCAGCAGGCUGCAUCAAACGAAGACCAGUUAGAUGCUGGAUAUAAUGGAGAAACAGCACUAGAAUAUUCCACAGAACAGCCUGGCCCAACCUCAGCAGAGAUUGCUGACUCUGACACUGGCUACUCAAGCAGCCAAUCAGCUAAGCAGUUCUUACCAGUCAAUGAAGUUGAACCCCAGAACUUUUCAGCUGGCUCUAUGGAAACAGCAUACGAGAACAACAUCACGACAGAAUUUUUGAACAGUGUAAGAAACAUGAAUGCUGAGGAAGUUACUGCCACCCUACACAAAAUAGCAGCAUCCAAUCCAGCUUUCAGAGGAAUCGAUAUACCGAAUGUUAUAAGGAUCCUGACUGAAAGUGGAACUCUGAGGGGACCAAGCAAUGGCAGCACACAGUGACAUGGUACUUAAUAUAGAGAAUAUAGCAAAUUUCCUUUCUGUAAGUUUGUUGUUUUACUUCAUUUGACCUCAGUGGAGUUACUUUGUUACGUUUAAGUUUCAUAUAGUGUUUUUUAAAUUAAAUUAAUGACUUGGUUUUGAUAUUCUUGUUAUUUAUUUCUCCAUUUAGCUGAAAGUUCUGUAUUGUGGAAAGAUUGUAAAGCUCAUGUUUCCGUGUUAAAACGGCUUUUUAAAACAGGUAACUUGUUUUCUUCAGUAUUAUUAAAUACUGUACAUGGAAAGUCUGAUGUUUUCUUAUUGUUGCUUCUUUUACAAAGAAUUAUCAGCAGAAUGAACUACUGCACUCAGCAGUACAAACUCAUCCUGCAACAAGUACUUGGAAGUUAUUCCCUGUGGCUGCUGGGACUGACCAAAAAACCUUUAUAAUCAAAAGCCCUUUGCCAUAUAAGGAUUAUGAACAGGUCUCCACAUCUUUUUCUUAAUAAGAUUAAGAAUAAUAAUAAUAAGUCAGCACUGUCAGUCUCGUGCUGAGAUGAGAAGCACCUGGAUUAUAGCUGAUUUAGGGAGCAUAGAAGCUUCAGCAAAGUUAGUAGAAGUUAGGUAUGUUUUACAAAUUUAGAGAUGCAUCCCAACAAGUGUCACAAGGCUCUGGCUAAGAGACACUGAUGUGGUGGCAAAAGUAUCUUUUGUGUUUUAUCCUGCCAGCAUGAGAAUGAAAUGAAAGCUGGCUUAUACUGUUCUUCAGGCUCUUUUAAAAGGAACUUUUCCAACUAAAGUAGUACUGGUUCUGGCUAUAUAUUAAUGACUACUACUUUUGUAGGAGGGUGAAAAAACAUUUUGAAUGGUUAUAAAUUAGUUUGCUUGGGGAAAACUAGUUUUUUAAAGUGAAGCCGUGUGAUUAAAAUUCACUUCCUGCUUGUGAUUCUGGGUAGCAUUCAGUGGUUCUAAUUAAAGCUCUUCAGCUUUGCAGCCAAAAACUGGUAUAAUUCAGAUAUGCUGGGGCCAGAUGGCAAAUGAACUUUUUUGUGUUAACUUACAUUUUUUUUGAGAUCUGGAUGGAAUUUGAGAAUCCUCAUCCUGAUGGUUUUACGUCUUCAUACCAUGGAAUGCAAGAUGCAGUAAAACUAAGGUAACAAAGAAAGCAGCAACAAAAUUUAUGAGUUUUAUUAUGUGAACUGACCCAGGAAGGAAAACAGUUCACAGACAAAUUAAAACACUGUUUUAAAGAAACUCUGAGGAAUUUCUGGAAUGCAUCUAAAUCUGCUCUUAUCAGAGGCAGAGAUGGAACCAGAGUUCUUACAGUUUAUUUACUCUGUAUAGGAACAGUGUUAAUGCCUGCUUAAUGAAGGUGAACUUACUCAUAAAAAUUCUGAAUUCUGAAAAUAAAAAUAGAAAUACCUUUUGCCUGUUUAUUUUCAAGGUGCAGAACAAUCUUUGUAUAAAAAAAAAUAAAAUGAGAAUAUUCAGCUGCUGUAAAUGGCCAUCGCCGGGACAGCUUCUUUUUCCUCUUAUUGUGGAAUCAUUCCAAGUGGAAAUAAAGUUACAAUAAAGUUGAAAUGA